GACAACUCACUCACUUAGUGUGCACGGUCUGCAACUCAUUACUUGUAAAGGAAUUCAUUGGGAGAGCCAUUUCCCAUUUAUUUUUUGACAUAAUAUUAUAUGAUAAAGAGUGGUUCGUGACCUGUUGUGUUGACUCGAUUAUUAUUGAAUAUAAAUAUGGAUAACAGCAGUCCGAGGAUAGCGGUUAUUGGAGCCGGCGUGAUUGGCAUGACAGUAGCUAAAAUAUUACAGCAAGAAUUGAGAAACACAAAUAUCACCAUUAUUGCGAACGAAUUUUUAGAAGACACAGUUAGUUGUGUUGCAGCAGGGAUAUUUAGACCCGGCACAAGUUUCAAGGGACCCACGAAAGAUAUAACAAAAAAAUGGAUAAACAAUUCCUGGUACUUUUGGCAGGAUAUUCUGAAAACCCCCGAAGCUCCCAAAGCUGGUCUCAUGUCUGUAUCCAGCUAUAUAUUUUCGAAAGAAAAUCAGUUUGUCACUCGAAAUCAUCUUAUAGAAGACUUAGUGCCUAUUUACAGAACAGUGGAAAAAGAUGAGCUUAAAUUAUGCGGUGAAGGGUGGAAAUACGGUUCAUAUUUUUCGACGAUAAAAAUUGGUUGCGAUAGAUAUUUGCCGUGGGUGGAGAAAUCGUUUAUCGGAAAGGGUGGGAAAAUCGAAAUUAAAAAGAUCGAUUCUUUCGCGUCCCUACGUUCGAAAUUUGAUUUGGUUUUCAAUUGCACCGGUAUGGGAGCAAAGGUGUUGUGCGGUGACCAUGACUUGGUGGCUUUACGGGGACAGGUUAUAAAAGUUAAAGCGCCUUGGUUGAAAAUGGCAUUUUAUGGGGAUUACGAUACUUACAUAAUUCCUGGUAUAGACGGGGUCGCUACUUUAGGAGGUGUACGACAAUAUGACAGUUAUAACAAAGAGGUUUGCAAAUAUGAUUCUGCAGCCAUUUUGGAGCGUUGUUGCAAGCUUUUACCAGUUUUAAAGAAGGCGGAAAUAGUCGCACAUAAAGUUGGACUAAGACCACACAGAAUGCCCGUACGAGUCGAGCCAGAAGUCAUGGACGGUGUAAAAGUGGUCCACUGUUACGGCCAUGGUGGUUACGGUGUGAUGUGCGCGCCUGGAACCGCGAUGGAUGCUGUCAAGAUAGGCGUAGACAUGCUGAGAAGUAAUGCUAGAAGCAAAAUGUGAUAAAUGAUACUAAAUAUUAUCAUAUUAUAAAAUAUUUGUUAAUAUCAUUAUAUAAAUUAUAUUUAACUAAACCUUAGUACUUAGGUACCUCAUAACCAAACCCGCCACGUUGUUCUACUGUGGGCUUGGUGGGCUUUUAACGAUUUUACGUAAUAUAAAUUAUAAUACUUACCUAGCUACUUUAAAAUAUUAGAAAAGACAACAUUUUGUAAAAUUAUUUAGAAUAAACCCCUCAGAGGAUUUGUUAUAGUGUGAUUUGUAAUUUUUAAUGCUACAAAUAAAAUUAUAAUAU